AUGCAUGCACGCUGCGCUGUGUACAAGCUGCGAAUCGAUGCUGCAGUCUCGACCCUGCCUGACACCUGCUGCUUUCUGUGUGUGCAGUUCUGGCUCAUUCAGUGGGCGAUCCCUGGGCUGGGCAUGUUCUGUGAGGCUUACUUCAUUUUCAGCAUUGGCAAUGUGCGGCCCAUCAUCACAGCGGAGUACCCCAACUGCUGGAAGACCUACAAGGAGUGCCAAAAGACACUCACCCAGGCACCAGACUAUACCCAGAUCAUCGGCAUCAUCUUGGGCAUGUGCCUCUUGGGCGUGAUUGGCGACAGGAUCGGGCGCAAGUGGGGCAGUGUGACAACUGCCUGCCUGAUGCUGCUGGGCGCCAUCAUGCUGACCUGCACCUUUGGCGUCAACACCAAGGGCUUCACCGUCAUGUACCUCAUCUCCCAACUCGUCUUCGGAUUUGGCGUGGGCGGCGAGUACCCGAUGGCGGCCGGCUCUGCGGCCGAGCGCGCCGAAGCCGGCGGCCUCGCACAUGCCAAGAAGCGCGGCCGGGAGGUGGUGCUGACGUUCUCCAUGCAGGGCGUGGGCAACUUUGUCAACACGGCCGUCCUCUGCAUCCUCGUGGUCAUCUACAGGGUCGCCAUCCCAAACUACAAGAACAAGGCCUACCCCUACGCGCCUCACAGGCUGGACAGCGUGUGGCGCACAGGCUUUGGCCUGGGCAUCGGCGUGCUGCUCUUCAUCAUCUUCUGGCGUGUGUACAAGUUGCGCGAGUCGGCUGUGUGGAAGGCCGACAAGCGCGCAGGCGGCAACCGCAGCAGGAACCUCGGCCUCCUCUUCAAGAUGUUCUGGCCCAGGCUCUUUGCGACGGCUGGGUCCUGGUUCCUGUGGGAUUUCAGCUUCUACGGCAACAAGGUGUUCCAGAGUACCUUCAUCAAUAUCCUGUCCCCGGGCGCCUCCAUCCUCACCACCCUGCUGUGGACCCUGCUCAACUCUGGCUGCGCCCUCGUCGGCUACUAUGUCUCUGCCGCCCUCGUCGACAAUCCCAAGGUAGGGCGUCUGCGCAUCCAGAUAUUUGGGUUUGCGAUGGUGGGCACUCUGUUUAUGAUCAGCGCCAUCUGGUACCACCCACUCACCACCAGGGGAGGCCUCGGCACCUUCCAGUUCAUCUACUUCUUCUCCAGCUUCUGGGGCCAGUUUGGGCCCAACUGCACCACUUUUCUACUGGCAGGCGAGCUGUAUCCAACGGGGGUGCGCACUUCUGCGCACGGCAUCAGUGCGGGGGUGGCCAAGGUGGGGGCGCUGUGGGCGUCGGUCUGGUUCAACUACCUGCCAUCGCGCACCAAGUUCUGGACCACCUCCUCCUUCAACUUCGGCGGCCUCUUGCUCACGGCCCUCUUCAUGCCCGACCCGCUGCGGCUGUCUCUGUCGGAGCUGGACAGGCGCUGGAGUGACAUCCUGAGCGGGCGCGUCUACCACGGCGAGGCCAUCAACCCCAAGAACCUCUCCAUCUGGGAGAAAAUGACCGGCGUCGGCAAGGUGACUAUUGCUCACACUUUGUUGAUGCUUUCCCUUCACGCCGCGAGGCAGCCCUUUCUCCGUUCUUGGCGCUCGCACUGCCUUGUGCGCCAUGUUUCACCUUGCCUUGAAUGCCAAUACCAGCCGCUCUCUCAUCCUGCUGCUGGCUUGGGCUUUCCAGCGUGCAAGAGUGAUUGA